AAGCAAACAAACAUCCUACCGCUCUGUAUCAGAGCAACAACACCUUAAGAGAAUACCGCCAGGUAUCCAACGCUGCGAAAACAUGUCGAAUGUGCCUCCACGGACACGUUCCCUGCGCAAGCCAGCAGAGACCAGCACUCGGCUUGGACCAAUUUCUACGGACAAGAACAGUACGCGACUACCAGAACCCCGAUCGAAAACAGAUAGAAACAGCCCCUCCUCUCCCAGCCGACUCCCCAUCAAACCUUCCACGCGAAACGUCUCAUCGGCGACGACAAGGCCACCAAGCUCAACUGGUAGCAUUGCCAGCCUUUCCAGCAAUGCCUCCUCACUGCGUCCGCCUGCAGCUCGAGCCAACAUAGGCAAACGUACCACGGGCGGGUUACAGAGGACAGCCUCAACCCGACCACCAAGCACAAGCCAGAGCACCGAUCCCGUCAAGCAAGACCGAUCCCGACCCCCAAUCACCACCUCUCGCCACCUCCGGUACCCCUCCGCUGGCUCUGGGUCUGCGGGCCCGCAAGCACCAAGCCAUGCGCGUGCGAAAUCUUCCUCUGCAGCCGUAACUGCAUCCACGACCCUCCGACCACCAACUCGCGGGUCCGCUGAAGAGACCGCCCCGCGGCCUGCACCUGCCGGAUCGCAGCCCAAGAGGCCUGCUUUCUCUACCCUGCAGCAGCAUUUCUCACCUGCUAAGAACCUCGCCCCGAAGCCUCACCCGGCUGCUUUCCUGGCGCCUCCAUCGCCAAGCAAAUUACCGUCCAAUAUCGCCAUCUCGGCUGAGACUGCGAAGCUGCAGAAUGAAUUGCUGCAGUUACAUCUACUGCAUAGGGACGCGGCGCGGGUGGAGAAGGAGUGGAGAGCCAGCGCGAAGCGGAAGCUAGGAACGCGGUUCCAGUCGGUGGUUGACCGGAACGAAGCACUGAUCGACCUCGAAGUUGAGGAGAUGGGCAAGAUCAACGCGGCUGCGCUCCAGAAAUGGCGGGAUUCAGGGGCGCCGGGGUGGGGUUUAGAGGAGAAGAUACAAGUGAUCGACGAGGUUGUUGGUGGGGUCUGGAAUCUGGGGGAGGCGGGGGGAAAGCACGCCCGCCUUGUGAGGAAAUUUGAGAGGUGGCUUGGCAAGUGUCAGGAUGUCCUAGAGGCGAGGGUACAGGGUGAUGGCAUCGAAGACGAAGAUCCCGUCUUUCUAGAGCCGCUGGAUGCCGGCUGGAAGGACGAUUGCCUGGUCCUCGGGAGGAAGUUAGAGACAUGGCGGGACCAGCUGAGAGACCUCGGGACCCCAGAUAGCGGAUCAAGCCUGGCCGCCGUGGUCGACGGCUGUCGGCGUUUACUUCGAGGGAUGUUGAUGGAACUGAGUGUGAUGGCGCAGGUCGAGAGGGAUGCCAUGAACAUGGAACUGGAAUGGAUUAAGAGUAUGAAUAAUGAUGUCUCAGACGAUGAUCAAGAUACACCCACCGCUGGUGCUAUUUGGAGGUCUCAGUAGACAGACAGACUACUUGUCAGACUUGGCUCUGCUACUGCGGGAUAAUACAGGGAAAUAAAAACCCUAUGAAUCUACGAAUCUGAUGAAAAUAUCCCCCCCUCUUUUGCCCCUGAGGAGAACUAUUGCAUAUUCGUGCAGAGAUGUAUCAUAAUGCCCUCGCAUGUCGAAUACGGUAUAUAGUAUAAAACAAUAUGAUCGCAGACGAUCUCCUGUGUCCCAUUCAUUUUACAUGUUCCCGUAUGUGUCUACGCCUACGCUGUAUAUACACCUUACCAGAGAGGCAGAUCCACCUCUUUUCCCCCGCAAAAAAAAAAAACGCCUAUCCAGAACUCCCAUUGUCCAGAUACGUAUCACCCUAAUCGUCCCAUUCUUCAUCGAGCUGGUCAAUCAGCCGGUUUUCAUCGUCCGCUCGGUGUCGUCCUCUCCCGGCA